UGAUUAAACAGUGUAGUUCGUUUUCAUCUCACUGUUUGAAGUGCCAUACAUCUAAUACAAUCAUAAAAUGCCUCGAUUAUCAUUAGACACAAAUUUACCAGCUUCGAAAAUUCCUUUGGAAUUUUUGAGUAAAGGUACAGAUGUUCUUAGUGAUACUCUUGGAAAGUCACACAGAUUUUGCAUAUCAACAGUGAAUCCUGGUCUAAAAAUGAUUCUUGGUAAUUCCAGCGAGCCUUGUGGAUUGAUUCAAGUUACAAGUAUUGGAAGUUUAGGACCUGAAGAGAAUAAAAAACAUAUUGUUGCUCUAACAGAUUACGUCCAUGAAGCUACAGGAAUUCCAAAAAACAAGUUAUAUGUACAAUUUCAAUCAAAUCUCCCAGAAAGUACUGGUUUUAUUGGUUCCACAUUUCAUCAGCUUGCAAUAGUCGAAAAAGGAGCACGAUUACGUAAAUAUUUUAUGCCUUAAUCGUUAAUUAUAACUUAUUAAAAUGUAUACAAUGAAUUGUAGUCACAAAAAA